AUGACGGAUAACAGUCUAUUCGCCGGCUUGGGUGGGAUGGAAAUAGCCCGGUUUGGCCGCAGACAAAUAAAGAAGCCCGAGCCGAGGCAAGCAAUAACAGCAAUAGCGAAAUGCGAGCGGGAGUUCUUCUGCCUGCCACUCCGCGAUCUGCGCCUGAUCGUCACUGACAAGAUCACAUAUGCAUUCGAGGUCUCUGAUCACUCAAGGAGCCAUCACUGCGGCUACGGAAACCCAAGAAAAAGCAACAAGUGGGAUGCCCAAGCUGCCAUCACUUAA